GGCUGAACAUUGUACUCCUAAAAGAACAAGGCCUGACAGUCUGGUUCACUGUCUGCUGACAUUACCUCUGACAGUGUGUGCAUGAGUGUAUAUAUGUGCUCUGUGCAAAUAGAAGCUUCACCUGUGUUUCACACACCUCUUCUUAUUGAAUCAGACGAUAUCAAGACCAAGGUGUUACUUUCUGCCUCAUUUGUCUGUUUGUGACCUAAAAAACAGCUGUUCACUGCUGGUGAAUUCAGGAUGGUCUUGUAUUUGGGAGUGGUGAAGCAUGGCUUGGGCAUGCUUUCUAUCCGGAGAGCAUACUUGCUAUCCCGCUCUGCCCACACCUCACCUAAAAACCUUGAAUACCGGCCAAUUAAAAAGGUCCUGGUUGCCAACAGAGGUGAGAUAGCAAUCCGUGUAUUCCGAGCAUGUACGGAGCUGGGGAUCCGGACGGUGGCUGUGUACUCUGAGCAGGACACAGGCCAGAUGCACAGACAGAAAGCAGAUGAGGCAUACCUGAUUGGCAAAGGGCUGCCCCCUGUUGCUGCAUACCUUCACAUACCUGACAUCAUCAAAGUGGCAAAGGAGAAUAAUGUUGAUGCCAUCCAUCCUGGAUAUGGGUUCUUGUCAGAGCGGUCCGAUUUUGCUCAGGCCUGUGAGGACUCAGAGGUUCGAUUCAUUGGCCCCAGUCCAGAAGUGGUACGCAAAAUGGGGGAUAAAGUAGAGGCUCGUGCUAUAGCCAUCCAAGCUGGUGUUCCAGUGGUCCCAGGGACAAAUGCACCAAUAACCUCCCUACAAGAUGCUCAGGAAUUUGCUAAGACCUAUGGCUUUCCCAUCAUUUUCAAAGCAGCCUAUGGGGGAGGUGGCCGUGGCAUGCGUGUGGUCAAGGAGUAUGAGGAGUUGGAGGAGAAUUAUCAGAGGGCAUACUCUGAGGCUUUGGCUGCUUUUGGAAAUGGAGCUCUGUUUGUUGAGAAGUUCAUUGAGAAACCACGCCACAUCGAGGUGCAAAUUCUAGGUGAUAAGUAUGGAAAUGUGAUCCACUUGUAUGAGCGAGACUGUUCCAUUCAGAGACGCCAUCAGAAGGUGGUGGAGGUUGCUCCUGCGGCUCAGCUGGACCCUCAUCUCAGAGACAGACUCACUGCAGAUUCGGUUAAACUUGCCAAGCAGGUUGGCUAUGAAAAUGCCGGCACGGUGGAGUUCCUGGUGGACAAACAUGGGAAACAUUACUUCAUUGAGGUCAACUCUCGUCUCCAGGUGGAGCACACUGUUACUGAGGAAAUCACUGAUGUGGAUCUUGUUCAUGCACAGCUCCGUGUGUGUGAAGGCCGAAGUCUUCCGGAGCUUGGACUCAGACAGGAUAAGAUUAGGAUAAAUGGCUGUGCCAUCCAAUGUCGUGUCACCACAGAGGACCCGGCCCGUGGGUUCCAGCCUGACACAGGACGACUAGAGGUGUUCAGGAGUGCAGAAGGAAUGGGCAUUCGCUUAGACAGCGCAUCUGCAUUCCAGGGAGCAGUUAUAUCACCGCACUAUGACUCCCUAUUGGUUAAAGUCAUCUCAAGUGGGAAGGACCUGCCAACUGCAGCGAGUAAGAUGCUCCGGGCCCUGGCAGAGUUUCGUAUACGUGGAGUAAAGACAAACAUUCCCUUCCUGCAGAAUGUUUUGGGUAAUACUCAGUUUGUGUACAGCACGGUGGACACGCAAUUUAUCGAUGAGAAUCAAGACCUGUUCAUCCUCAAACCCACGCAGAACCGUGCACAGAAACUCCUGCAUUAUCUGGGACAUGUGAUGGUAAAUGGGCCAACGACACCAAUCCCAGUGAAAGCCAAGCCUUCAAGCACAGAUCCGGUCAUUCCUACAGUCCCUCUAGGACAGCCUCCUGCAGGUUUCCGUGACGUCUUGUUGAAAGAAGGUCCUGAGGGUUUUGCCCGGGCAGUAAGACAACAUAAGGGUUUGCUCCUAAUGGACACCACCUUCAGAGAUGCUCAUCAGUCUCUGCUGGCCACUCGUGUCAGAACACACGACCUGAAAAAGAUUUCCCCGUACGUCGCUCACAACUUCAGCAGUCUCUUCAGUGUGGAGAACUGGGGAGGUGCUACAUUUGAUGUGGCUAUGCGCUUCCUGUCAGAGUGUCCAUGGCGUAGGCUGCAGCAGCUGAGAAAACUUAUACCCAACGUGCCUUUCCAGAUGUUGCUGAGAGGAGCUAAUGCAGUGGGUUACACCAACUACCCCGACAACGCCGUAUUCAAGUUUUGUGAAGUGGCAAAGGAAAAUGGUAUGGACAUAUUUCGUGUAUUUGACUCUCUAAACUACCUGCCUAACAUGCUGAUGGGAAUGGAGGCUGCUGGCGCUGCUGGAGGGGUAGUGGAAGCAGCCAUCUCUUACACAGGAGAUGUGUCUGAUCCUAUGAGGCAGAAAUACUCUCUGGAAUACUAUCUGCAGCUAGCAGAGGAACUUGUCAAGGCAGGGACUCAUAUACUGGCUAUAAAGGACAUGGCUGGUUUGUUAAGACCUGAAGCGAGUCAUUUGCUGAUCACAGCUCUGAGAGAUAGAUUCCCAGAUGUUCCCAUCCACGUACACACUCAUGACACAGCAGGCGCAGGUGUGGCAGCCAUGUUGGCAUGUGCUGAGGCGGGUGCCGAUGUUGUAGAUGUCGCAGUGGACUCCAUGGCUGGCAUGACAUCUCAGCCCAGUAUGGGCGCUAUUGUGGCCUGCGCCAAGGGCACCAAACUGGAUACUGGGAUCUCUCUGGAGAAUGUGUUUGACUACAGUGAGUACUGGGAGGUCGCACGUGGCCUGUAUGCUCCUUUUGACUGUACUGCCACUAUGAAGUCUGGAAAUGCUGAUGUCUAUGAGAACGAGAUCCCGGGAGGCCAGUACACUAACUUGCACUUCCAGGCCCAUAGCAUGGGUCUGGGCAACAAGUUUAAAGAAGUGAAGAAAGCAUAUGCUGAGGCAAACAAACUGCUGGGUGACCUUAUCAAGGUGACUCCAUCAUCUAAGAUUGUGGGAGAUUUGGCACAGUUCAUGGUUCAAAACUCGCUUUCUAGGGCCGAGGUAGAGGAACGGGCAGAUGAACUGUCCUUCCCUUUGUCUGUGGUGGAGUUUCUGCAGGGACACAUUGGCAUUCCUCAUGGAGGCUUCCCUGAGCCUUUCAGGUCAAAGGUGCUUAAAUCGCUGCCUCGGAUUGAGGGUCGUCCAGGUGCAUCACUGCCCCCCAUGGACUUCAAAAAACUGGAGGCUGAUCUACGUGUAGCACAUGGUAAGGACAUCACGCCUGAAGAUGUGAUGUCAGCGGCCAUGUACCCAAAAGUCUUUAAGGAGUUUAAAGAGUUCACAUCCAAUUUCGGGCCCGUCGACUGUCUCAACACACGCCUAUUUCUCGAUGGACCAAAAAUUGCAGAGGAGUUCCAGGUUGAGCUAGAAAGAGGAAAGACUCUACAUAUCAAAGCCUUGGCUUUAGGAGACCUGAACAAAGCUGGACAACGGGAGGUGUUUUUUGAGCUUAAUGGUCAGUUGCGAUCCGUUCUAGUCAAAGACACGGUGGCUAUGAAGGAAAUGCACUUCCAUCCAAAAGCUAUAAAGGAUAUCAAGGGUCAGGUGGGAGCCCCCAUGCCUGGUAAAGUGGUGGAGGUCAAGGUGAAGCAGGGUGACAAGGUGGAAAAAGGUCAGCCCCUCUGUGUGCUCAGCGCCAUGAAGAUGGAGACUGUUGUAAAUUCGCCGCUUGCAGGAACCGUGACCAAGGUGCACGUCAUGACUGAUAGCACCCUUGAAGGGGACGAUUUGAUUCUGGAGAUUACAGAGUAAAGGUCAGGAGCAGGACAGAAUUUAAACAACAUAAGCCCACUAGCAAUUAAAAUGCUUGACUAGGGUUACUUUCCUAAUUGGUGUUACAUUUUUUAAUUACUUUUUAAGAGGUGCAAGUUUACAGUGUGGUGAGAUAUCCUCAAAAAAAUUGUUUAGCAAUACAUUUUAUUUUAAAAGCAAAUUAUCUACAAAAUGUGACUACAGUGUAGAAUUGCAGUUCUGUCAUUAGUUUGAAACACACAUCUAUAUGUAGCAAAACCAUGGAAUUUUUUAUCUAGCUAUGCGUCAGAUAUAUAUUUUGAAUGAUUCUCGUAUUGCAAAGUGAUAAAUAAAUGUUUAGCCUGUUUAAUGUGAUUAAUCAUUGUAAAAUAUGAAAAUGUAUUGUGUAAGUUCCAUGUGCAUGUUUUUAUGAUCUCGCUCUCUUCCGGAUCCAACCACACUAAUUUUGUCUUAAUCGUAAAUUAGCGGAGCAUAAAAAAUUAUAAUAGAUGUCAAGUAGUAAUAUUAAGCUUUUUAGAACAUACUGUAUAAAUUACAGCAAAGCAUUAGAUGGAAAUCUACAACAAUGUAUCUUACAUUCUUGCAUAUGCCAUAAAUAUACAUAAUUAUGGAACCAUUUUAUAAUUAAAGUAAAGAAGCAAACUAA